AUGCAGCAGAUGGGUUCCCGACCAAAUCAGCCAAGGCCUGCAGAGGCUUUUCUCAAUGUUGACUGUGCUAUCUUUCCCCAGCCACGGCCACGGAUUGGUGUGGCCAUCGGAGACCAGAUCCUGGACCUCAGUGCCAUUAAGCAUCUUUUCACUGGACCUGUCCUCACCAAACACCAGGAUGUCUUCACUGAGUCAACUCUCAACAGCUUCAUGGGCCUGGGCCCGGCUGCCUGGAAGGAAGCAAGAGCUCUCCUGCAGAACCUGCUGGCUGCCAGCCAAGCCAGGCUUCGGGACGACAAGGAGCUUCGGGGGCGCGCAUUCACCUCGCAGGCUUCGGCCACAAUGCACCUUCCGGCCGCCAUUGGUGAGUGCACACCCUGCCCAGACAGGUGGAAGAACAAACGGUGUCACCUGGUCCCUGACCCUAGCCAGUCUCAGUACCAGGCCAACGUUGACUCAGCUGUCUCCGGGCCUGUGCAUUCCUCCAGGAGCGGCAGCUGUCCAGGUCUGUGACCAACUGCCUGGCUUCCUGCCAGCAGAUUGGUUGCUGUCCCUGAAAGGCUGUGAUCCGAGAGCUCUGGGCUCUUAUGGGUGAGCAGCUCCAAGGAAGGAGCCAGAGGGCUGUGCAGCCACCCAUGCAUCAGGCAGGCAUCUGCUUGGACUUUGAGUUGGGAGAAUGGAGAGUGCAGCUCACUAAACCUCAGGCUGACACAGACAGGUCUGCUGUGGCAGGAGUGACAGGACAAGGUCUUGGCUGGGGGUUUGCCAAGUCCUGCCCUCAGGAAGGAGCUUGGGGCUCUGGACUAGCUUUCAGUUGGGCCACAUCCUCUGGGCUGCAGCUUGGCCAAAGUUGGGUGGAGGUUGGGUUGGGGACCCCUGGCCACCUGUUUCCCGUCACGCACUGUGCUUUCUUGGCAAACCAGUGAUGCUUCAGGGAUUCCGUAUCGUUGCUGCUGCACUGGUGGAGCUGUUUCUUGUUUUGUUUUGUACUGUGGAUUCAUUCUGUGCUCUGGGACUAGAGGCAGGAAGCAACAACUAGGGCUCAGUCUGUCCACCCCACCUCUAGUGGCCCCCAGGCUCCCCUUCCCACUUCCCCUUCUAGCCCAGCCUAGUGGGACUAGGGCUCUCAGCUUUUGGGGAAUGGGACAAGAAAUUUAGGAAGUCAAAGAAACAAACUCUCCCACAUGGAUUCUCCUGCAAAUUCUAGUAACUCAUUAUCCAUAGGAGACAGGGUGGCUAUUGCUUAGGAAGCAUCCUAUUCGGAAACCCCAGCCGGAGGCGCUGUACGAGACCUCAAUCCUACACCUAAGGGAAUCAUCAGAAUUCGGGAUGGGGAGGCCUGGAGAUAACCGUGUGUCACAGAGAUCUGUAGGCGCAUGACCUAGCACCUGUGGGGUGGAAGCCUGCCCCUGGCAGGGCUCGCAGAGGAAAGGGUGCCCCAGGAGGGUUGGAGGGCCACAUGGAGGUGGGGACCACAUGGAUUGCCUGGAUUUGAAACUGGUCCGAGGCAGGCACAGCUUGGGCAGACACAGUGAAGGGUUCCUGCUGUUGCAGCUGAGGGCCCAAGAAGGGGACAGUGUCCUGUCUCGUGCCAGACACCACAGGCUGAUUCAGAAAGUGUUGGCACCUUAUUUCUUAUUUCUCCCUUGGUUGGGGGUCCUCAGCUGAAUCUGUAUUGAGGCCACUUAGUGUCACGUUUGAAAUGAGCUUUGGGAUGCACCAGCUUGGAAAUGCCCCCUCUCCCCACUGGGUUGCUGACAACCUCUCCUGGGUCCUCUU